AUGUGGUCCAUCGUGAAUGUAAACUAUACUUAUACUCAACAAGAUUUAUAUGAUACAAUUCUCAAUACAUUGUUUCCAAUCAUUUUAAUGAAAUUUCUUGACGUUGGAUUGAAGAAUAAAGAUGGAAAGGGAAUGAUAGAAAUAAUUGUGGAACUUAAGGAACAUGAAGAGGCAAAAAUAAUGAUACAAGGCAUUAUAGACUCUUCAGAUAUAAAUGAGCUAAAAGUCGAAUAUGAUAAAGCCCAAAAGAAAGAAAUUUUAGGAAUAUUUAAUGAAAUAUUAAAAGAACUUGAUGAAGAAAUAAAUGCAUAUAUUAAUGCAACCCAUGUGUCAACAUUUAAAGCUAUAGCAUUACCGUUACUUGAUGAUGUAUUAUACCAUAUUGUUUCUUGGAUAAUUCCGUUAAUGGCCGCUUUUGCCUAUGAUGAUGAUGAUCUCUCUAAUUUAAAACCUAUUUUUCUUAUAAAUAUAAGUUUACAUGCAACUUUUUCUAUUUUUACAAUCUUUCUAAAUUUUUGGCAAAAAUAUUCAAGUUAA